GAAUCUGGGGGGCCCCUCACCGAAAAGGAAGCGGCUGCCCGAGGUCUCGUAGGUUACUCAGGCCCCGGCGAACGAAAAGAGAAGAAAAAGCCUGGCGGGCCUCCCUCCGGCCGCUUCUUCUUCUGGCACUAAGAAGACAGCCACUGCUCGCGUGCCGACCGAAAAGAAGAAGGCCGCGCCCGCCCCCUCGUCCCGGAAGAAGCCCCC